AUGAAAGUAAACUUGUGCGGAUACUCCGUGGCCAAGAUAGCCCAGAUCUACCAUUACCUGAUGGUCACUGCUGAAGCUGCAACUGAGCUUUUGGACCUUAUUGCUGGGUUGAAUGCUGCCCUAUUUUCAACUGCAUCGGAAGCAAACGUAGAGAUCAGGCGCCUACGGCAAGAGAUUGAGAAAUUGAAGAACACCUCGGGAACAACCAUUGCGAGUUCGGGUCUUAUUCAAGACGUCGUAGAUGAUGAUGUAGAACAUGAGUUUCGCAAAAAAUUUAAACAUGACAUAGGUAGAAAAGGAAAGACCAAACUUGUGAUACAAGAAGAGCAUGAAGAAGACGAGGAAGAGGAAGAAGAAGAGGAAGAUGAAGAUGAAGAGGGAGAUGACGAGGAAGUUUGGAUCGAAGACGGGGAUGAGGAUGAGGAUGAGGAUGCGGAUGAGGACGGGGCCGCACCUAAGGGUAAUCCGGAUGCAGAACAACACUCCACAGACCAAAAACGCAAAGGUGAGAAAAGUCUUCGUUCAUGUACAACAAAGAGAAAGAAAACCAUGUAA